UGACACGUUUUACUAGUCAAUAAACCCAAACCCAUUCAUUCAAAAUCCUAACGUGACAUGACUCAUUAACGAGUUUUCUAAGAGUGCGUUUCAAGUUUGAACAUGAGACGUUGGAUUUGAAAGAACAAAAGGUGGAUAUUAGUCUUCAGAGUUUGGGGCUACCCUUUUGCGGGAAUCUGUCUGAUGCCACAUCCCAAGUCAGUCUCAGUAACUGCUCAACACUGACACACUCAGCUACCACUCUCCUCUCUCUAGCUUCAGUAACUAGCUUGCCAUUUUGCUCAAACUCAAAGCUCAAUAAAUGUGCAAACUUUGAAUUGAAAACGUGGAGGAAUCAAUCAAGGUGGCGCAAAGAGAGGAGAAGAGGUGGUAGAGAGAAAGUGAUGGGUCAGGGGCUGAGUUGCAGAGGGAGCCAUGAGCAUGGCCUAUUCCGUGCUGUGCAGCAUGGGGACCUAGACACUGUUGCAGCUUUGCUACAAACACACCCUUCUCUUAUGAACCACACCACUGUCUAUGAUCACCACUCUCCUCUUCAUAUUGCCGCUGCUAAUGGCCAGAUCCAGGUUUUAUCUUGGCUUUUGGAUGGAUCUGUGAAUCCAGAUGUGUUGAAUCGCCAAAAGCAGACACCGCUUAUGUUGGCUGCAAUGCACGGAAAGAUCGCCUGUGUGGAAAAGCUCCUUGAAGCCGGUGCAAAUGUACUAAUGUUUGAUGCUUGUUACGGAAGAACCUGCUUGCACUAUGCAGCUUAUUAUGGUCAUUCUUCUUGUCUUAAGGCAAUUCUUUCUGCCGCUCAAUCUAGUCCAGUGGCUGCUUCUUGGGGGUUUGCUCGGUUUGUGAAUAUUAGAGAUGGUAGAGGUGCAACACCUUUGCAUUUAGCAGCUCGUCAAAGACGGCCUGAAUGUGUACAUAUUCUAUUGUACAGUGGAGCUCUUGUUUCUGCUUCAACUGGAAGAUAUGGAUGUCCUGGGAGCACUCCUCUUCAUCUUGCAGCCAAAGGGGGAUCUUUGGAUUGCAUCCGGGAACUAUUGGCAUGGGGUGCAGAUCGCCUUCAACGUGAUGCUUCUGGGCGAAUACCGUAUGUAGUUGCUCUGAAACACAGACAUGGAGCAUGUGCAGCAUUGCUGAAUCUUUCGUCUGCUGAGCCUCUUGUAUGGCCAUCAUCUUUGAAGAUAAUCAGUGAGCUUAAUCCAGACGCCAAAGAGUUAUUAGAGCGGGCCCUGAUGGAUGCAAACAGGGAAAGGGAGAAAAACAUAUUGAAAGGGAGUGAUUACUCUCUUCCAUCUCCAUCACAUUCUGAUGGGGUAGAUGACAAUAUCUCUGAGGUUAGUGAGACAGAAUUAUGCUGCAUCUGCUUUGAGCAAGUGUGUACAAUUGAAGUCCAAGACUGUGGUCACCAGAUGUGUGCACAAUGCACACUAGCCCUGUGUUGUCACAACAAGCCUAACCCUUGUACUUCACGUGUUAUCCCGCCAGUUUGUCCAUUCUGCAGAAGCACCAUAGCAAGAUUGGUAGUUGUAAAAAAAGAAAGCCCUGAUGACAUUGAUCAAGAUGGUGUUGAUAUCACUUGUUCCAAGCAUAGCAAGUCAAGGAAAUCACGAAACUCAAACGAGGGUGGUAGCAGCAGCAUUAAGGGAUUAUCAAAUGUGAACUCAUUUGGAAAAAUGGGUGGUCGCAGCUCUGGAAAAAUUGCUGCUGAAAAUGAGUGGGAAGAUGAUAAACAACAGUGAUACGAUGCUGUUUCUUGGUGUGGUGCUUGCGCUUAUCCAUAAUUAUUGCAUAUUGGAAAGAUACGGUAACAAUUUGCUUGAUCAGCAAGGCAAAACGAAAGUAUAAGAAGUAAAGGGAAAAAGAGGUUCAUUUUAUUAUUGGAAACUAAGCAAAGUGAGUAAGAUUGGAGUUCAGGGUAGUAGGUACCAACUAUCAAGUUUGGUUGGGGAAAGAAUUAAAGAGAUGCAUGUCAUGUUGUAAAUUGUAACUUUGUUACUAUUAUUUGGGAAAGAAGAAGCAUCGCCUGCAUCGAUGGUUUUGGGCGUCGUCAUUGAAAUGAGAAAUUCUUUUUCUCAAAAAAUAUAUAGGAGUCUAAGAUCAUAUGAAAAUGUAUUGUGUAUUUGCUUCUGGUUUGUUUCUUUAUACCAAAAUGAGCAAUAAAAUACGAAAGGGAAAGGCCUGUGGUUGUUGUUAA